UUCCUCGAGAUAUUGAAAUUUGAAAACUCAACUUAAUCUUACUUUUUAACCAAACUCGUUGCUAUUACCGAUCGCAAGUUGCUUUCUAGUAUACCUUAAAAGCCAAGUUGACGGAGAUUUAUAACUUAAGCAUCUAUUAGCUAAAUUUACUGGACCAUAACCCAUAAUCAGAACAUACAGUUGAAUUGUCGCUGAUUGAAGGUAAUCCGCAAAAUCCUCACGAGCGACAAUUAUGGAAUUAGUUUGUGCAAGAUGGUCUAAUUGCUGAACAAUUUUGAUAAUCCGAUAGUCAGCUGCGCCGCUCAUAGUCUUACCAUUUAAUACCAUACUUGAAUACCAUGCUUGCCUUCCCAACAUUUGCCAUUAAUUACUUUCAAACUGUUCAAUAGCUGGAUUGAUUGAAUUAGUUCGAAAUCUUGGCAUAAACUUGAUCGAAAACAGAUUUAUUUGAAUGACGUAACAAGAUAGCGAGCAAUUGUUUUGAAAACAUCUCAAAUUUUUCUCGCGAGAUUUAAUCGUUAUAUCGGAUUUCUUAAGGUUUCAAACUUUGGAUAUCUUUGCUAAGUUUGGCUGAAGUCAGGCCAAGUUUCUCACAUUCUCACACAUUUUUUACAAAUCCGGAUAAAGCCAGGAUAAUCCGGGGUGUAUAAGUGAGGAGCCCUCGCUUCUCGACUUUCGUGAAAUAGGAUCCCCCUGGUCAUUGGUAGUGUUACUUCCUGCUGAUUCAAGUGAGGCGACGCUUAUUCUUUAGUUAUCGCCCCGCUUAUAGUUUGCAUAUCGCAGUUGUCAAUCAUAAACAUCGGAAAGAUACCUAAAUUCGAGUUCCAAUUGGUCAAGCUAUCAAACGCAUUUGCUCACAUCUGAAGCCAAGUUUGAGUAAGUUACUAUUUACACAAUUCAUACCACGUCGAGUAACCCUUUGAGGAACACCAGCUAGAGUAAACUCAAUUGUUUGGUCUACAAAACAGACUCAUAUCUUCACAAACCUCAACCGUAGAACAAAUAUCAUUUGCAAACAAAUUACUUAACAAGCAGAAGCACCAAAGUUCUAUUUGAUAGUUAGUUCAAACCGAAAAGAUAAUUAUAAAAAACAAAAAAUCCGAAAUGGAAGCCUCCGCCCCAAUUUUAUCUUGGACUGAAAUCGAGACAAUGAAAUCCGAAGAGCCCGUAGUUUUCACCCAAAUGUGUCUAAACAUGUUGAAAUACAUCACCCCAGACCUUUCAAAUGAUGCUACGAGGAAGAUCCUGGAAAUCAGGGAGUUCAAACCUAGUUUAGGCGGCGUAGGUUCGAAUCCCGUCAGAAAAUCGAGCAGGGACAUGAGUGCGGAUCACAUGAGUUUGGCGGUGGCGACAAAAGAACCUAUCUGUGAUUCGUCAAUUUGCAUGAUUCUCAUCAAAUACUUGGAGAACUAUUGUGAGAAAGAGGGCAUCUUCCGCAUUCCCGGAAACCAGACUAGGAUAGAGAGACUGACUGUUGAAUUGGAGGAGAGGAACCUGAUCAACUUCGCCAAGAAGAGAUACUCCCACAACGACGUCUGUUCAGUCCUCAAGGGCUACUUAAGGAGGAGUCCCCACUCGCUCAUUGAACCCAAUUUGCACAAGGCACACCUACUAGUAGCAGAUAUCACCUUUGAUCUGGACUUGGCCCGGCAGCAGAGGGUUAAAAACUGGGAAUCCGAUGACAAGUUCCAGUACUGUGAGGUCAGUGACCCCUUAAGUGAGGAGUUCGUCACAGCGAAGAAUCGUCAUAUCGAGGCGCUACAGAUCCUGAUGUCUCUGAUGAGCAAAGAUAGAUACGAUGUUCUGAAGAGUCUGAUUGGUCUCUUGUACUCUAUUGCGAAGAAGCAGAGUUUGAACAAAAUGUCGGCUACUAAUUUGGCCACCAUUUUCACCCCCUCUGUAUUAUGGCCUCUACCUCCCGUCAUCAAGAAUGGCAAGCACACGUUCAGACACCAUAGCGAAGCAGACUUGGAAAACAUGCAGAAGUCCUGUUAUGCAGUGACCUUCAUGAUCCGACACUUCAACAGAAUUUUCACAGCCCCUCAUGCCGAACUAGUCCUCAAGGUCAGCCAAUACUACACUGCCAAACAGAUCAUCAGACAAUCUAGGGCUCUAACACCUUCCAGGUUCGCUGCAACUGAAACCCUGCACCCAUCGUUAGCCCGUAUUACCAGGUCGACCUGUCAUCAAAAAAACACAUCUGCAGGAUUUGGCGGUUCACUUAAGCGAACGCUCUUUAGUACUAACCCAGUCACUUCAGCUGAAAGUUCAGCCAAAUUACAUCCAUCAAGCCGAGAUUCAACUAGCAGAAAACGACCUGUGCCUUGUGAAGGCAACGAGAAACCCGACCUACAAGAGAAGAAGUCGAAGCGAAGUCGCUCGGUCGGUGCUUCGCUUAAGAGCAGAUUGGUGUCUUCAGUUGCGGGUUUGAGGAAAAACAGCGCGGCGUCGCAACUCUGCUCUGCGCAACAACUUUACGUGCAAUCUGAACUUGGUGGCCUCAUGUGUUCCUCGCCCGCCGGAAUAAAAUCACCCGGAAGCUACCAACUUCUGUUCUGAACAAAUUUGGCACCCACUUUUACUCAAUUUGAGUCAAAUCUUCUUAAUCUUCCGAGUAAACUUAAUUCGACCUUAUUCAUCCCAAUUUGUAAAU